GCUGGAGCUGGGCUUUUAUCUCCCGGCUGGCGCUGGUCGGAGCCAGAUCCCGUAGUCCUCUGAGACGUCAGGCUGCAGCCUUCGUUCCGCUCCGCAUCCUCAGCCCGCGCUCGCGCCUCCCGUUGGAGCACCGUCUCACCUGUCCGCACCCUGCCUCCCACCGGGCGAGAAGUCGCUGGGGGGUCCAACCCCGACUGUCCAGCUCUCAGCCCUCCGUUCUCCUCUCAAGGAAGGGGCAGCGGAUGAAGUGAGACGAUGGUUAUCCGAGUGUUCAUCGCCUCCUCCUCAGGCUUUGUGGCGAUAAAAAAGAAACAGCAAGAUGUAGUUCGUUUUCUGGAAGCCAACAAGAUAGAAUUUGAGGAGAUAGAUAUCACCAUGUCAGAGGAGCAAAGACAAUGGAUGUACAAGAACAUUCCUCCAGAAAAAAAACCAGCUCAGGGCAAUCCAACGCCACCACAAAUAUUCAAUGGAGAUCGAUACUGUGGUGAUUAUGACAGCUUUUUUGAAUCAAAGGAAAGCAAUACCGUCUUUUCAUUCUUAGGCCUGAAAGCAAGAUUGCCAUCAAAGGCAGAGCCCUAAGAGUGGAAAGGAAACUAUGAAGACAGAAGUACAUUUGGAAGAGCAAGUGAGGUGUUCAGCAAACAGCCGCUUACCUAAUAGAUCACUGUGAUAAAAGCUACUUGCAACAUCAGCACUUUGCUUGCCACUGAAGAAAUGCUUUCCAAAGAUGUGGGACCACUGGGCAUUACAAAAAUCUAUAAAUCAAAUUGGUCAUAUGGUGGAUUGUUCCUUAUUUUCUGAUUUACCUACAGUUGAUGAGCUGUCUUUGGGGAGUCUUUUACUGGGUACUCAUAGUCUUGCUUUAUAGUUUCAAAGUUAAGUGGAUGGUAGUCACUAGAUGAUAAUUGUAGUAUCCCUAUGCUAUUGCAGUAUAUACCCAUGUUAGUUAGACAUGCUUUCCUUUAAGCUAAUGCUGCCCAGAUCAUGUUCUUGAAAUUAGUUUAUUAGGAAUUUGCAUGUCUUGAGCCAGAAAAGGGGGCAGGGGAAAGUGAUGCUUAGAACAAGCAGGGUGAUGAAGAAAAAUGUCUCAUAACUAGGAAUGAUGAUAUUUCUGCUAUUUGUAAAUACCACAUAAAUAUAACUUGAUGUUACAGCCUACUUACUAUUAUAGGAGCUCUUCAAACAUAAGUGAAACAUAUAAGUGACUUGAAUUGAGGAAAAUCUUCCUAGAGUAUUGAAAACUCUAAUGAUAUUUUGGAAAGUAUCUGGGUUUGUUUGUUUUUUUCUUUCUCCUUAGAAAAAUUUUCCACUUAAAUGCCAUAAGAUGCUUGACAGAGAUAUUUUAAAUUGUGAAGGCCAUGCACUAAUUUAAUCAAAACUUAAUAAGAAAAUGUUUGAGUUACAUCUGAAAGUUUUGUGACUACAGAGAUAUAUUAUAUGUAUGUAUGUGCAUAUAUGUAUAUAUACACACAUAUAUAUCUAUAUGUAUAUCCCACACAUAUAUAUUUUUAGUGUACCCCUUCCCAAUAGCUACUUAUUGUUUCUUGUAAAAGGAUUAUAUUUUUUGAAAAGGGAGCUCUUGGCUAGAUAUAUUUUGUGUACCCACUGAUGAGUAAUAUUAAAUGAUACUAAUACCUCUGCAUAAGUGAAUAUUUCUUUCUAUGUAACCUUUCCUUUAACCUUGCUUCUCCUGGGCCCUAUGCUAACUUUAAUCUUUUAAAAAUUUAAACAUUUCAACUUAAUGCAGAUAAAUACAGUUUUCCUACUAAUCCUGCCUUCAAGGAUAAAUUUGCAGACUAUGCAUUUGCAACAGAAUUACUUUAUGGCAUACAGUAUCCUUUCCCUCCCACUAUAACUAUAAACUUUGUUAGGUGAUUCUCCCAUUUAGACAGAUGUGCUUUUCUGCAUCUUAAGUGUUCUUAGUGUAAACAAUUUGUAUUUUUAUAGUAUGUGAUAGCUAAAUAUGGGACUUUGGUAUGUUCUUUGCAUAAGACAUCUCAGAGCACCCUUGAAAAACUCCUUGAUCUGCAUACAGACACACACAUAUACACAUACUCACAUCUACAUGUACAACAAUAUCUGAGCUAUUAGGCCCAGAGAACUAACACAGAAUUUCAGCAGUUUAUAUAAAAUUGAAAGAACAGCUGAAAUGUCCACAAAUCUAUUUACCUGAACAAUUUAUUCAAUGGGGAAGCAUUUCAUUGUGAAAAUUAAAACAAAAACUCAGACCAGAUAUUUGUAGUCCAACACUUUAACCAAAAAAAAAAAAAAAAAAAAAAA